AUGGGUAGUGACAGUGAAAUGAUCCCAUGUCUAGAUUUUUCCAUGUAUGAUUUAGGAGUAGUUGAUCAGGAAGGGAGUGAGGAGUGGAAAAAGAUGAGCAAAAAAGUGAGAGAAGCAUGUGAGAGUCAUGGUUGCUUCUUCUUAAUGUGUGAUAAGAAUAAGUUUCCAUUUGAAAACAUGUUAAUGGGGAUGAAAGACUUGUUUGAUUUACCUGAAGAAAUUAAGAGGAAGUACACAAGUUCCACACCUUUUAGUAGCUAUAGUAGUGAGGAUCCCAAAACCUCCCUUGCACAAACCUUUGGGAUUGGUAAUGCUCCCUUUGGAGAUAAUGCUCAGACUUUUACUAAUCUCAUGUGGCCUCAAGGAAACCCAAUUUUCUGGUAUUAA